AAAGAUCUAGAGCCAACCCCGGGAUAGUCAGAGCACAUCCGGUGGUGGGAGAGCUGGGUAGGCUCCUGAGGAGUGUUAAGAAGAUAGAGAGGAGACUGUGUCACACUGACUCUGGAACCAUGAACGUAUUUGAUCGGAAGAUCAACUUUGAUGCACUCUUAAAAUUCUCCCACAUAACUCCCUCAACACAGCAGCACCUGAAGAAGGUCUAUGCCAGUUUUGCCCUCUGUAUGUUUGUGGCGGCUGCGGGGGCCUAUGUUCACGUGGUCACUCAUUUCAUCCAGGCUGGCCUGCUCUCUGCCUUGGGCUCCCUGGGGUUGAUGAUUUGGCUGAUGGCAACACCUCAUAGCCAUGAAACUGAGCAGAAGAGACUGGGACUUCUUGCUGGAUUUGCUUUCCUUACAGGAGUUGGCCUGGGCCCUGCUCUGGAGUUGUGCAUUGCUAUUAAUCCCAGCAUCCUUCCUUCUGCCUUCAGCUCCCUUUCCCCUUCCCUUCCUCAGUAA